CAUUAAACGCAGUAUUGUUGAAGGGGACUGAGAAAGUUUUUAGCUAUUUUUAUCUUUCCUUCAUGAUGUUUUUCUCUCGUCACAACGGAUCGACCUGAUUUGGAAUACCGUAGUUGUGGAUUGAUACUAAGAACAGUUGGUGUUGUCCUGCUACGUGGCGAUUUUGUGCUUUUAGCAAAUGUUUCUAAAUUCCCAGCUAGUUAGCUAGCCUGUUUGCUACCGAGCGUGGUGCAAAUUCCGCAGGUUCUGUCAUGACAGCCUUCACAUGUAACGUUGGAAUUCUGCAUGCAUGCACUGUGUUCGAUUAAUGCAGCACAUAUGCUCUAAUACAAAGUAUUAUUUUGUAACAUUUAUUUUUUAGCUACUGGUCUUUUUAAGAGACACACUGGCAAGUUCUGACAGAUAUGCUGUUGAGGCAGGCUAGCUAGCAGACUAAACAUUAGCGGGUUCGGUGACUCACUGCAGUCAUGCAUGCCCGAAAUGAACUAGGCAUCACCACCGUCAUUUGCCACAUAGGACUUCAGAAAAGACUUUGCUCUGGUAAAAGGCCUUAUUUAUGCUGAGUUUCCAAGACUGCCUUGCUCAAUCACUACACAUUGCCACAUUUUUGCGCUCAGGAUUCUAUGACAUACUCAAGUUAUUCUCAGCUAGAUUCAGUUGAAUCGCUGAUUAACGAGCUUCCCUAUAUGUUUUAUCUGGGCCUGUUUUUUGUUAACGUUUUGAUCUUGUACUAUGCCUUUCUAAUGGAGUACAUAGUGCUUAAUGUCGGGAUAGUAUUUCUGCCAGAGGACAUGGACCAGGCACUGGUGGAUUUGGGCGUGCUAUCUGACCCGGGGUCUGUUCCCUAUGACACGGAUACAGAGCUGGACGUUUUCGAGGGGUACCUUGAGUGAGCGUGUAUAAGGUAUACAAACUCGCCAAUAAUGCUCUGCCUCUGUAGAGAGGACUGGACGUUUUGGCACACCUUUUUUUAUGCGUGUGCAGUGACAUUGACAGAAAACUCCAGUACCCUUUCAUGCAUAAAGGCCCUCUCCAUUAAACACUAUCUCCUGAUUCAAGGCCUUCAAGAACUGUUGGACCGCUUGAUCCAGAUGAAAGUCAGUCUUCCUAUGGGUGGAAAAUGUGCUGUCUGAACAACAUGACUGGACCAAAAUAUGUACAGUAUGCAGAGACAGAAAUACAGCCCUGCCCUUUACAGCGCACAGGUCACAGAAAUGCUUGACCUGCCGCUUGUUUCCAGCACUCCAAGAAGGUAGAGGCUCAGCAUCUCUGUGCAAAAUUAGUCCAUCUCCGUUUGCAUUUCAGCACUUAAGAUUGUUAGGGUGGGAUUGGAACACCCAGGCUAUAAGAUUGUUGCAUUUCAGAUAUAAAUCUCUAAAAUCUCUACCUGCCAUGCAUGUUUAGCUAAAAAAAAAGAAGCAAUAAACACUAUGGAUGAUAAGCUAUGUAUCUGGAGUAGGGGUUAUACUGUCAUCAUUCAUAUAUUUUAAAACAUGUGUACAGGUCUGUUAUUAAGGGACAGCAUUUGAACAGUACAGUAAGUGAUUAACUGCCAGUAACAAAUUACCCAAACAGAUACUGGGUCUCUGUUGAUGCCCUUUGGUCCUAAACACAGCAAAGUAAAAAAAAAAAAAUCUUGUUUAUGUUUUUAUGAGAAAGAAACAAACAUGUUUAUCACAUGUUCAAAGUUUUCCUUUUUUUGACUCCCUCAGAAUGAUACUGCACAUUUUCUACAGGAUGAUUAAUACAUCAUAUUUAACAUAUAUAUAUUUAUUAUUAUUAUGUGGUCAAUCAGGCUGAUAUUUUGAAAGGGUAGUGUACGAUUUAUGACAAUCAAUGCAUGCAUCGUUUGUUCUUGAAUAGUCCUACUUUUUGUGUUUCUUCUCUUCUUUGAUCUAGAUUUUCACAAGACAGCAAGUGUGCAGUUGUCCCACUUCUGAAUUGCUUCAAAUGUUUUUGUUGAGUUAUGCUUCUAGUCAAACGUUGAAUUCAUGAGCACCCAAAAGUGCCAUAUUUUGCUUUUUCAUCUGUUGCACACAAAUGUAUAACAGACAUUGCAGGAAUUAAGAGGAAGAUGCAUUUAUUUUAGAUGUUUUAUUAUGGUUAUUAUUUUAGACACCAUAUCUUCAUGAUCAUAGUAUGAUGAAGUCUGCUGUUCUAGGAGUGUGUGAUUGCCGUACUAGGUGAAGGAGCUGUACUUGUAAUGAUCUGUGCAAGUAUUUUGCUGGUAUGUACAAGACGGAAUUACCCGUCUGUGUAGCUGGUAUAUGUUUUACAGCUCCACACUAUGGAGGCACAAGAUUGACUUGAAAAUCGUCAUAGGUUUGGGAACACAUUCAUCCAUCAGACAAUGCAUUCUGUUUAAAAAAAUAAAAAUGAGGGAGAAUGCAGCACAGUUUGCGCCAUUUUGUACUUGUCAGUGACAUGAUCCUAACAUGAUCCAUCCCAUCUGUAUAAUAUCUCAGUGGUAGAAAUAUAUUCAUUCCCCCAUGCUAUUGGCCAAAUAUGGUUGCAAUGACCGCUAUUCUAAAAUAUUACAAAGAUAUCAGAAAAUGACAUAUGGACAGUGGUUCUGUUUUAUCAACAGAAAUGUAAUUUUUUUUGGAUUUUUUUACGUAAAAACGUAUUUCUCAAGUGUAAUUACAGUAGUUUCCUGCAACUGAUCAGUACAGGGAUGCUUCAUUAACAUGCCGCCACCAAGUAGUAUUGCUGUUACCACAAAUAAAUCCCAUUGAUCUGAGAAUAAGACUGACAGCAAACAGAUGUAACUGUUGUUUUUAUUAUAAAAAAGUGACAGAAGAGUGCAUUAAAAAAAGAGACCUUAAAAGGCUUAGUGCAGACAGAGCACGUCUGAGCCAGACGUCAGGUUUAAGCACUGUAGUGUGCAUGGGGGGGGGGGGGGGGGGGGUUAGCAGCGUGAAUGGGCGUCUUUCCUCUCAUCGU